CUUUGGUCUACGCGUGUAUGUGACGCGGGCUCUAUUUGCUUCAUAAUCAAAUAACUUUAUAUUCCAUCUUCUCGAUACUCAACCGUGUAUAAAGCGCCUCACUUUAUAUCCAGCUUCCCUCUGUGAUACAUUACACCACCUUGUUAUACAUUAUCGCCCAUCAUCUAUCAAUCCCAAACUCACAUUCCAACCCAAACACUCACAAUGGCCUCCACCACUCCCCUCACCAGCCUCCCCUUCCCCAACCCCACAAAAUCAUACUGGCAAACCCCUCCCCUCCCCAUCUCCGACCACCGCACCACCCCCUCCCUCCCCCCCUCCACCAAAUACCUAAUUGUCGGCUCCGGCAUCACCGGCGCCAGCAUAGCUCAUAAGCUCCUCCUCGCCGAGCCCUCCGCCUCCGUGGUCCUCCUCGAAGCCCGACAAGCCUCCAGCGGCGCCACGGGACGCAACGGCGGGCAUUGUCGGCCGGGUGAUUACUUGGAGUUCAAGAAUAAUUUGGAUCUCAUUGGCGUUGAGGAAGCUCUGCGUGUAGAGAACCUCGAGGAGACGAAUGUGCGCGCUGUAGCGGCGUUGGUGGACGAACAUAGUAUCGAUUGUGAUUUUAGGGCGCGAGAGUCGUUGGAUGUGUUUGUGGAUCCGAAGCAGUGGGAGGCGGCGCUGGCGGCAUUAAAGGCGCGUGAAGAGGUCGGUGUGCCAGGAUUGAGAGAGCACAAGGUUUGGAGUGAGAAGGAGACGAGAGAGGAACUUUUGUUUCCUGAUGGAGUUGGUGCGAUUUCUUACCUGGCAUACAUACUCUCGCCGUAUAAGCUUGUGUGCGCGCUGCUGGAGAUUAGUCUUAAGAAGGGGAUGAAUCUCCAGACGAACACAGCGGCUCUUGAGGUCUCGCAAGAUCCAAACUCGAAGCUGUGGACGGUUCGAACGGAUCGUGGUGAGAUCAAGGCCGAGAAGGUCAUCCUGGCUACGAAUGCGUAUACAGCGGCCCUGUAUCCCCCGCUAGCAGAUUUCAUUAAGCCCGCAAGAGGCCAGAUGGCUACCGUGCGCCCUGGGUCGAAGAUAGAAGGUAACCCGGCUCUCAGGCGGACUGCCGCAAUCCAUACUACUGAGGGUUACCCCUAUUUCCAGUCCCGAGCCGACGGUGUCUCUGGUGAUGGAGAUCUCAUAUUUGGCGUCGGCAGCUGGCAUGGAAAGGUUGGGAUUCAGAGGACCUUUGAUGACACCACGCUCCAUCCUGAGAUAUCGGAGUAUCUGACCAAUGCAGCGACGAAUUUAUUCGGCGAGGAGACUUGGGGUGAGAAGGGUGCGGUGCUGCAGGAGUGGACGGGGAUUAUGGGGACGACUACUGAUCAUCAUCCUUUGGUCGGUGAGGCACCUGGAAAGGAGGGGCUUUGGAUUUGUGCGGGGUUUAAUGGACAUGGCAUGGGACUCGCAUUUCAGUCUGCGGAGGCGCUGGUUGGACUUGUCACGGGCAGGGAGAAGGAGGUUGAUGAGUGGCUGCCAAAAUGUUAUAGGCUGUCCCGGGCGCUUUAGAGACUUUGAUGGAGUUAUAUGCAGAUGUACGCCGGAUUUAGAGAUCAUGCGUCUAAUGAAAGAUCUAACACGGCCGCCUAAGCUGGAUGCCGCCAAAUGAACAAUGCUCGCUUGUGCGUCAUAUUGGUACAAUUUUAUUUUGAGGGGUUGAAGAUAUAUAAAUUGUUUUAAAAUCCCAGCUAUUUUGGAAUUUCAUUUUUAUU